AUAGGACAACAGUCGGUAGACAUUAAUGUAAAUGACAAAUCAAGUCAACAAUAUGGGACAGGUCAACAAAUUUUCUCUCAACCAAUUGUUGGGCAACAAAUUCAAGGAUCAGAAUUUUUUAAAUCGAAUUAUGGCGGUACAUCACAAUUAUUGGACCUAGGGGUACUAGGACAACAACCCACAGGAUAUAAUAUAAGAGCACCAGGUCAACAAAAUUUGAAUAAUAACAAAUAUAUUGGUCAGCAAAGUAUAGGAGUGUUUGAAAGUCAAAGCACAAUAGAAAAAAAUAUUAAUUUAAGUAGUACAGAUCAGUUACAAACUGAUGUUGACGGCUACCAAGGAAAUGUGCAUCAUAGUUACCAAACCUAUCAUGAUCAAUCAAUGAAAAAUCCAGCAUUUCAAGGACAACAAACUGUUGACUAUACAAGUGAUUUUGAUGGACACAAACCAAUAUACCAAAAACAAUAUGGAAAUACAGACUUUCAAUCAUCAAAAUUGUUGUCACAAACUGGACAAUUCUCAACAGGUAAUAAUGAACCUAUCAACUCUAAAUAUAAUAGUGUCUUCAAUAAGUUAGAUCAAUUGGAACAUGAAAUUCUUGGUGCAAAAAGCACAGUGAACAUAAACAAGGGCAAUGUUCAAACAGCCUAUUCAACUAACCAUAAUGUAAAAAGCAUGCCUGUGCAAACAAGUCAACAAGAGUCCCAUUUUUCAAAAACCAUAAAUGAAAACACACAAUAUAUAGAGCCAGAAUCUGAAACUUAUUCUAAAUCAUUAAAAAAAAAUUCAAAAUUAGUCGUACAACAAGAUACAAUUGAAAAUCAUCAGACUUUAAAUAAUGAUAAUUUCUCAGAAAAUCUAACUACACCAUCUUCAGUUUGGAGAAAAAUUGGAGAUAAAUUUAAAGGUACCAUUGAAAAUGCGAAAAACAAAGCCCAACAGUUAGCAACUAAUAUUAAUGAUAAAGUAGGCUUUUCAAGUAUAGCUGGAAAUCCAUGUUAAACAUUAUAACCCAUUGUUUAUAAUAUUUAAAUACCUAACAAUAUCUUAUAAGUUAUUUAAAUUUAUUUUUAAGUUUUUUUUUUUUUUGUUUUACU